UCUCUCUCUCUCUCUCUCUCUCUCUCUAUAACAUCAUAUGCCAGAGCUUUACGGGGGUCUCAUCUAGUCAGGGACCCAGAGGGGGGAGGAGGGAGGCUGUUCGUGGCCGUGGUAGACGCACCCUCCCCGCGUGGUGGUGAGGCUGCUGGCUGGGCUGAAGCGCCGCUGUGUGCCGGAGGAUGCUGCGGGAGUAGAGCGGCUCAGAGCGGAAGAUGGGGAAGGACCAGGAACUGCUGCAGGCGGUGAAGACCGAGGACCUGCUCACCGUGCAGAAGCUGCUGCAAAGGCCCCGGCCAGGGAAAGCAAAGCUCCUCGGUUCUGCAAAGAAAGUUAAUGUCAACUUCCAGGACACAGAUGGGUUUUCCCCGUUGCAUCAUGCGGCGCUCAAUGGGAACCUGGAGCUCAUCACUCUGCUGCUGGAGUCACAGGCUGCUGUCGACAUCAGAGACCAGAAAGGUAUGCGGCCGCUGCACUACGCGGCGUGGCAGGGGAAGGCGGAGCCAAUGAAGAUGCUGCUGAAAUCUGGUUCAUCUGUCAACGGCCAAUCAGAUGAAGGACAGAUUCCUCUCCACCUGGCGGCGCAGCACGGCCACUACGACGUGUCGGAGAUGCUGCUGCAGCACCAGUCCAACCCGUGCAUCGUAGAUAAUGCAGGGAAAACACCUCUGGACCUGGCCUGUGAGUUCGGCCGAGUUGGGGUGGUCCAGUUGUUACUGUCCAGUAACAUGUGUGCUGCUUUGCUGGAGCCCAAAAAAGGAGACACCACCGACCCCAACGGGACGUCUCCUCUCCACCUGGCUGCCAAGAACGGACACAUAGACAUCAUCAGACUGUUGAUCCAGGCAGGUAUCGACAUCAACAGACAGACCAAAGCGGGCACGGCCCUGCAUGAAGCUGCCCUCUGUGGGAAGACCGAGGCAGUGAGACUCCUGCUGGAAAGUGGAAUCAACGCCACGGUGAGAAACACCUACAGCCAGACGGCACUGGACAUCGUCUACCAGUUCACUGCAACACAAGCCAGCAGAGAGAUCAAGCAACUGCUGAGGGAUGCGUCAGCGGCCCUUCAGGUUCGGGCUCUGAAGGAUUACUGCAACAACUACGACCUGACCAGCCUCAACAUCAAAGCAGGAGACGUCAUUACGGUUUUGGAGCAGCACCCUGACGGACGCUGGAAAGGCUGUAUCCAUGACAACCGAACAGGAAAUGACCGGGUGGGCUACUUCCCUUCCACCAUGGUGGAGGUCAUCAGCAAGCGCACAGGUUUGGCCAGCACAGUCAUUUGCACUCAACAGUUUCAAAAGAUACCGCUGGUUCCUCCGGCAACGGUUGCCCCUGCCAACGCGGUAGUCAACGGCAACGACACCACGUUCCAUCAGAUCCAUAUCCUGCCUCCACCGCCUCCUCCUCCACCACAUUCCCAUCAGCCACUGCUUCCACUUUUCACUUCCUUUGGCUAUAACAAGUCGCCCGUGACAACUCCACAGGGAGACACACCCACUGCCCCAGGUUGUCGCGGCUCAGAGGCAAGUCCUCACAGCUCUCCCACCACAUCCAGCGGGCCCCAUGGAGGCUCCAACGAAGAGAUCUGGGUACUGCGCAAGCCCGUGGCAGGUGGGGACCGCAGCAGUGUUGGUAGUUCUGGUAGUGUGACCAGUGUGAGGUCAUCAGGCAGCGGUCAGAGCGCCGGCAGUGCUGCACACAUCCUCCACGCUCAGGCUGAGGGGGUCAAGCUUCUGGCCACGGUCUUGUCCCAGUCUGCCAAAGCCAAGGAGCAUCUACUGGAGCAGUCCAAGUCUGUGGACCAGCCUCCAGGCUCCGCCAGCUCCUCUCGGACAUCGAGCCAAUCGGGCUGUCCACUCCACGAAGCGCCGCCUUACGACGCUACGGCAACCAGGAAGGGGGAGGGGCCAGGCGAGGGGAAGAGCUCAGAGGCCGUUGUCCAAUGGCUGAGCGACUUUCAGCUGCAGGUCUACGCUCCCAACUUCCUGGGCGCUGGGUAUGACUUGCCCACCAUUAGCCGAAUGACCCCAGAGGACCUGACAGCUAUUGGCAUAACUAAACCAGGCCACAGAAAGAAGAUGACUUCAGAGAUUAACAAACUAAGUGUCACUGAGUGGCUGCCUGAGCAGAAACCUGCCAAUCUAGGAGAGUGGUUGUCUGCUAUCGGUCUCAGCCAGUACCACCAGGUGUUGGUCCAGAACGGCUACGAGAACAUCGAAUUCAUCACUGACAUCACCUGGGAGGACCUGCAGGAAAUAGGCAUCAUCAAACUGGGCCACCAGAAGAAACUGAUGCUGGCAGUGAAGCGGCUGGCUGAAAUGCAGCGCAGUUCAGAGGGGCGGGGCUCCCUGAGAAAGAAGCCUCCACCAAUCACACAGCAGCAGGAAGUGUUGUCGAUGGACAGCCCGCCUCCAGAUGAAGUCAUAUCUCCAAAGAUGAGCACUUUCCAGGACAGCGAGUUGAGCACCGAGUUACAGAGCGCCAUGACCCAGCCAGGUCAGGAGGUCAAAGCUCAGCGAACACGCAGCAAAGACCAUGAUGAGGUGAUGGGAGGAGGAGGAGGAGGAGGAGGAGGAGGAGGAGGAGGAGGAGGAGGAGGACCACCUAAGAAGGAGGCGCGGACUAUGAGGCAGCAGAGCAGCCAGGGAAGCAGAGGAAGUGUCUCCUCUCAAGGCAAACACCGUCACUCCCACUCCCAUUCCCAGCCUGCACCUCCCUACACGCCUCCUCACACCCCGACCAAGACUAGAACCUCCUCCUCCUCCUCCAGCUCCUCCGUCCAGAGCACAGCUUCCCCGCAGGCCAAACACAAGCCGUCCCCCCAGUUCAUCCAGGGGGAGAGACCUCAAUCGCCGCGCUCCCACCCGCCUCAGUCUCCAACGCAUCGUGGACCUCCAUGCAACCAGCUUCCGUCCCAGCAACAACCGCAGCCUCAAGGGCAACCUCAGCACCAGGGGGGGCAACCUCAGCACCAGGGGCAGCCUCAGCACCAGGGGCAGCCUCAGGUGAUGGAGGUAAGGGAGAACCAACAACCCCAGGUCCCACUCCUCUGCCUCCCCCCCGAGGCGGAGCAGGCUGAGAGGGAAGGGGAGGAGCCCUCAGCGCUCCAGAAGAAACGCGCCCACAGCCUCAACCGAUACGCCGUCUCAGAUGGCGAGUGUGACGAGAGGGCAGGAGGAGGAGGUGGAGGACGAGAGGGAGGAGGAGAAGGACAAGCGGAGGUGGUGGGAGGUCAAGGCCCCGCCGUCGUCAGAGGGGAUGGAGUUAAAUACGCCACGGUGACCCACCGCGUCAGCCGCAGCCACUCCGUCCGCAACCAGGAACACUCCAAGACCGUCAACCGUAACCACACGCAGUCACUCGCUCUGAGGCAGAAGAAAAAAGGCCCGCCGCCACCGCCACCCAAACGCUCCAGCUCGGCCAUCUCGACCUCCAAUUCCAACCUGACAGAAGCCAACGCGCAGCAGCCCACGCUUACCACCACAGGGGGGAUGCUGGACGUACCUUACCACCAACAGCGACGGGCCAGCGACCUGGGGGUCUCCGUGGAAACGACUACCGUGGAGACGAGCAGCGUGGGAAGUGUGAGGAGCAUAGCCGCCAUGUUGGAGAUGUCUUCCAUAGGGGGCGGAGCCAAAGGCAUGGCACUGCAGAAGAACUUCCUGCAGGUGGGAAAAACACGUGAUGCCAUUGGUCUGGACGGUGAAGUGGUGAACCGACGGCGGACCAUUAGUGGCCCGGUCAGCGAGCUAGUGGCGGCGGCCAGGCGUGACCAACCGACUCCCUUGGCUUUCCCCGCUCCCACCAUCCAGACUGAACCCUCCUCCCCUGUUCCUAUGAAUUCCUCCUCCCCCAACCCUCCGUCCUCCCCCCACCCCAGCUCGGGAGGCAGCGGCAGUUCAUCGGAGAACCUGCCGUUUGCAGACGAGGGUAGUCUGACCAUCCGCCGCCAGGGUCGUGGAGAAGGAGAAGGACAGUGUGUAUUUUGUGUUUGUCUGCAGGGUGACGGCGAGGGUCCGCAGGGAGACGUGGGCUACACGCAGGAGGACAUCUCCAGGGUCGAGGCCACGGCCACCUUGAAGAGACGUCCCCGCAGCUCCAAGACCCAUCCCAACGGCUCCGACUUCACCCUGCAGGAGUCCUCCACCGUCAAACGGCGGCCAAAGAGCCGCGACAAGGAGCCCGACGGCUACGCGGACCUGGCCGCUAACGGAGAGCCUGCGGGGACCGGGCAGCCCAACACCACGCAGCCGGUACCGUACCAGAACGGCACUGCCACGGUGAAACGCCGCCCAGUGUCUGAUACUGGAGUGACGGAGCAGCCACAGCCGCAACCUCAACCGCAACCGCAACCUCAACCUCAACCUCAACCGCAAGUGACCGCUGCUCCCCGUAGGGACAGUGUGGACCAAGGAGCUCCAGUGGCCAAUGAAGGAGGUCCUGUGAGGAAACCAAAGCCUCCAGUUUCUCCAAAGCCUGUCGUGGCACAGAUAAAGAGACAGGGAGGGCCGCAGACCCCCCCGCAGCCCGUCUGCAACAAGAGAGUCCCGCUGCCCGGACCGGGAACGCCUGGAAGCCCAGGAGAAGGAAAGAAGAUCCCUCCACCUGUCUCGCCUAAACCGGCGCCGCCGCCCACGGCGCCCAAACCGGCCAAGCUCAUCCACUCCCUGACCAGCCCCCCCUCCCCAUGCCCGCCCCCGGGUUCUGGCCCCGCCCCGGUCAAGCACCACCCUGCAGUGGCUCGCCAGACCAGUUCCCCCCCUUGCUUCCCGCCUUCCAACAUCCCCAGCCCGCCAAACGCCAAGCCGCUAAGCCCCUCCCCCCCAAGCCCCCACACCCCACAGACCCCCACUACACCACAGACGCCCCAGACUCCUGCCACCCCGAGUCCAACCCCGCCUCCUGUCAAGCCCCCUCGCUCCUCCAUUGGGGGCGUGUCAGUGGACAGCGGGAUGACGGGAGGCGGGGUCACAGCGCCGGUCGCUACGACGCCAGACUUCGGCGUGGAUUCGUUGGUGCAUCAGAAGCUGGAGGAGACGAGCGCGUCGCUGGCUGCAGCUCUGCAGGCCGUGGAGGAUAAGAUACUGCGGCAGGAGGACUCCGUGGCGGAGCAGAAGACCACGGUCAGCAUCCUCGAUGACAUCGGCAGCAUGUUCGAUGACCUGGCCGACCAGCUGGAUGCCAUGCUGGAGUAACCAUAGCAACCAGCUAGCAUGUCUCCACAGCAACGCUGCAUCAGGAGUGACUCAGAUGGCACAAUGGGCAAUAUGCCUCUCUCUCUCUCUCUCUCUCUCUCUCUCUCUCUCUCUCUCUCUCUCUCUCUCUCUCUCUCUCUCUCUCUCCUCUUCCUCUAUCUCCGUCGUGCUCGUCCCCCUCUCACUCUUCCUGUCGUCUAGAAAUAUUCUUUUCUCCUCCUCUUCCUCUUCCUCUCAUCUCCUGUCGCCAUGACGAUGAAAAACGACGGAGCAGCGCCACCGGCCUGGACGCACAUGCGGCAGAGAGAGUGAACGAAGAACGGAUAAAGAGAGAGAAACUUAAAAGAGAGAGGGCUGGGGAAAAAAAAAGGACCAAAAAUAACUAAUAAUGUGGAGAGGAAAUCAAAAAAAAAAAAAACCAAGAUGGAGAGAUGAAUAAAUGGAGGAGACUGCAAUCAAAACGUGGGUCUUUUCAGAACUCCACAUGGACUCUUGAAGCUACGAUGGCGAACAAAUAAACUAAACUAAUAUUGAUUGAAAAACCAACUGUGUAAUGAAUCAUAGUAUGGUAUGUGUACAUUCUAAGCAUGGAGAGUUUAUAUCUACUGAAAAAGUCCUGCAUUAGCACAGUAAUAUAUAUAAUAUACCGAUAAAUAUGAAUCUCUAGCUCUUUGGUUUGAUGUCUUGGUUCUGUGUGGAAUGGUGACCUCUGGUGUUGUGACGAUGUAAAAGGACUUGGUGGAAAGAUUUUUAUCUGUGACCAAAACGAGACUAUUCAGCUCCUGAGGUGUGCGUUGUGUGUGUGUGUGUGUGUGUGUGUGUGUGUGUGUGUGUGUGUGUGAGCGACAGGGACAGUGUGCCAGGUGUGUGCAUGUGAGCUUUUGGAUUGUCGGAAUUUCAGGAUUAAAAAAAAUUCAGUUUCCUGUCCUGGCUGCAUUCAUACACUCUGCUGCAUCUUCAUAACCCCCCCGACCCCUCCAGCAUAGACACACACCCCCAGGAGAAGCACAAUGACCCAUGCAGCCAGCUUGCACACACACACGGGAGCCCGCACAAUGUAAAUUCAAAUAAUAGAAUAGAAAUGGAUGGAAAAAAAAGCUGCAGAACGGCUACAGCAGGUUGUCUGAAAGCAGAUGCUAGGUGUUAAAGUUGUGGAGAAGGAUUCCAAGAUGCAAUGGAAAAGAGUUUCUGGUGGUUUUAUAUAAGGCCAUGUAGAGGUUGUAGAGUUGGCCAGUUUCCUGGAGUCAAAGGGUCAAAGGUCAGAUUGGACUCAGUUGCACCACAAGCAGCAGAGUCAGAGCUUCACCUCGGAUAGUUUGAAAGUCAUUCCUGAUACCUGCUGUAUCUCAGAAGAAAACAAGGCUAAAGCAACAAACUUUAGGUUUCCCACUCUUAGAUAAGUGAUUAAUUAACCUUUUGAUUGGAAAAAAUCAUAAACAUUAAUUCAUUUAGAAACACUUUUAAGUAGGGAUGCAACUUUUUCUCUUCCUGUACCUUAACUCGAGGUAUUAAUGUGCUUCUACACAUUACUGAUCCAGUAUUAGUGCUCUCUAGGAUCCAACACUUAAAGGCACAAUGAGUAAGAUUUUCAUAAAGACGAUGUACGACUCGUACAAAAGUGUUUUUGAAUAUAACCUUGAGGGGAAAACGUGCAGGUCCAUUCAGAAAACAGGCAUUUUAAACUAGAAGAUCUAAGGAAUCUAUAUGCAUCAUGUGUGUGAGGAUAUUAUAUCAGGAAGUUGUUGAAAUAAGGCUGCGAAGUUAAGUUUUUUAAUGUUACAUUCAAAAAAAAUUGAGAGCAGUGAAGCUUAAAGUUGAGGAAAGUUUGAUAAAAAUGCUGUAGUUGUUGUCGUCCAUACAUAGAAAUAAAAAGACUGAAGUGAGAUGAAUAGACUGAGAAUUUACUCUUAUUUGACAAAACAAUUCUUGGUUGAAUUUAAUCUUGUGGACACAAAAUGCAUUAAACAGUUAAAUCGCAAUAUAUUGUAUCGAAAUACUCACCAUAACGCAAAAUGCUUAAAAUCGCUAUAAUAUUGUAUCAUGAAUCGCGGAAUGGAGCCGCAAACCUUAUAUUGAGCCUAAAAUGAAAAUUCAACAGCCUAAUAAGCCUAAAUUAGCCUACCAACAUUAUUAAUAGUCAUAUUGAGCAUUUAUUAAUAUGAUUUUGAAAACUAGUCUAUCUCGGGGACUCAAAACUAAACUCAAAGUUGGCAAAACUUAAAAGUUAAGGCGCGGGCCGGAGACUUUCGUAAGCUAUGAAGCACAUUUUAGUUGACUUAAAUGUCUUUUUAAAUAUGCUGUAAAAAGGCUAUACAAUUUAACAAUAGAGGAAUAUAAAUAGCUUUUGGUCUACACCAUUGAUAAAUGAACAGACAAAGAGACAAAUCUUACUCAUUGUGCCUACAAACAUUCCCUCCAGAUUGCUUUUAUCUCACACUGUAGAAAAUGUUUGUAGAAAUAACAGUAAAACUCUGUCAAAUACAUCAGAAAUGGGGCGUAAAAUUAAAAAUUGUACAUCACCGUAUUAGACACUUUUAAUUACCGUAAAUCAAAGAAUAGCACAAAACGUUUACUUUUUUCUGUCAUAAACUGGAAGAAACAUGCAGUUUUGCUGUAAAAAUAUAACAUUCACUGAAAAUCCACUCACUGUCAUUUUUACGGUGAUGUUCUGGCAACCAGAGCUGCCGGUAUUUUUUAAAUUAAACAGUAUUUUUUUUUACAGUGCAUUAAAAACUCUUAAAAUACAUGUUUGCAUUGAAAAAUCCUGAAUCUAUAAACAUUUUAUUGUUGUCUGGACUCAGAUAAGGUCAGAAACUGGUGCAUCCCUACUUUUCCGACCCUGUUUUCAUUCAUACUUUGAGGAUUUUUCCCCCUAAUCCCUGUUGUGGAAUUAUAUUCCAGCUGAACUAAAAAUUAGAUUACAAUCAGAAUGAAGCCCUUCCUGACACUUUCCCUCUUCUCCAUCAUCCCACUCUUCUUCUAACCACCCACCCCUUGUUGCCAUGACAAUCUACAUCAUCACUCUCACUAUCCUCCCUGGCGUCACCAUGGUUACCGCGCAGUAUGUUGCCAUGACAUGGGAUUUUAAAAAAAAAAAGGUGUUGAUGGAGUGAGUGGCAGCAGAGAUCUGUGAAGCUGGAUGGUUUGUUGUAGUGAAAAGUUUUAAAGGGCACUCUGGUGAUUUUAAUAUAGCGCUUCCAUAAAUGUAUGGCUCCGAGAGAGAACUGAAUCCUACACUUCUCACAAUGCAACUUAAUAAAAUCAUUAUUCAACUGUUUUCAUGAGCUGAGCUGUACUAACCAGGCCUAUUAAACUUAUCUUCGUGUGUAAAAUUGGUGGAGUGCCCUUUUAAAUUUCUCAAACCGAUCAGAAACUGCUUCCAGCGAGGUGCAAGACUAUUAUUAUUAUUAUUAUUAUUAUUAUGAUAUUCCAUUUGCACCUCAGUCCAUUAAAGGAAAAAUCCAGGUUUCACAGUCCCACAGCAGCCACACUCCUUAUAUAAAUGACUAAGAAUCCAGAGAAUAGUUGUGGUAUUUAAAUUACGAUCACAUAGAGAUUAUAUAUAUGGAUAUUUGCAAAAAAAAAAAAGAAGUGUAUUUAUGAUGUGUGUGUCAACCUGAAGACUAUUUUUCAAAGUUAACAGAUCUAAUCUGAGUGUUGAGUCAGUUUGCUUCUCCAUGCUUCAGUGGUCCGAGCUGAUGAAUCAUUGUAGGAUACCAUGUUGGGAUAUUUCCAGGAAGCGUUUGUGUUUUUUUUAUUGUUUUUCCUGCCUACAUGUGUACAUGUGUCCAGGUGUGGCGAUGUGUAUAAUACAAGCAAUUCUUGUUGUUCUGUUUUUAUUAUUUUUGUAUAAUUUUAAAUGCAAUGUUCUGUUUUUUUUUUCUUUGAAACAUGUGCCUUGCUUUGUGAUUUUGGUCUGACUACAAUACAGUAGAUGGGUAUGUACAAUAUAUGAGGAUGUCUCUCUUGUUCUGUUUUGCUUUGUUAGUUGAUAUGCCGUUAUAAAAAAGAAAAAUAUAUGCUGCCCCCCCCCCAUCGUCACCAAUGAGAUGUGAUUUUUUACAACAUAAAAUCAUCAGGCCUAAACAAAAUCCAGGUAUAACUACAGUGGCAUCGUUCCAACACAUCCGUUACACAUAAAGUUGAAUUUUGUCUCAUUUCAUGCUGCAUUCAUGUGCUAUUUUAUCUGAACAUCAUAGAGCAACAAAACAUUUAUUUACUUUCUUGCUGAGUUAAAGGAGAUGAUUGGUAACACUCAAUAUGAAGCUAUAACCAGUGGCUAGUUAGCUUAGCGUAGCAUAAAGAC